AUGAAAUCAGCUGCGCAGGGCCGACAAACUGCUGGGGGGGUAACCGAAAAUGAGGAUAGGGGGUUGCAGACUGAUACCUUUCAGCUGCACCCCUCAGACUUUGGGCUAUCAACCCACCCCCUCAGUGAGGUUUGCGGCGGCGAGGGACCCGAGGAGAACGCCACCAUUUUGAUGCGUCUCCUGCGCGACGAGCUCCCACGGGAGGACCCAAUCUUGGAUUUCGUCCUCAUUAAGGCGGCCGCUAUCCUGGUCACAUCUGGUGCCUGCGAAGGCCCAGAUGGUGACGAAGCCAUCACGGAGAGGGGGCCGGGUGGCGGACGCUGGAAGGAGGGGGUGCGCCGGGCCCGAUGGACAAUCGAGAGUGGAGAGGCCUUGCGGAGCCUCGAGCGUUUCAUUGAGGUGAGCAAUCGCCUUAUUUGA